AUGAUCUCCACUCUACAAAGACACGUCCCUCUUCCGCUCUCACCGCCAGCUUCUCCCCCAUCCCCUCGGACAACUGCAAUUACUCCAAGCCAGACGGCCAAGACGUCACCAACAAUUGUCAGACCUGCACCGAAGCUCGCAUCGACGAGCAAAGCACAGAUGCGCAAGAAAGGUCGACGGAACAAUUCGACGCAAAAGAAGAACCUGGACGGGUCGUCCUUGUCCACGGCCGACCCGCCUCCCCUCGAUCUCAAUCAAUCUUGUUGUGACGAAGACCAUUCAUUGGUUUCUUAUCCGGAUCGGCCCCCUACACCACCACAUGCAUCGUGCUCUUCCAAGUGCUCGAGGUUCGAUUACACCCGUAUCGCUUUGACGCGGGAAAACUACGAACACAUCUCCGCCCUCCUCUGGGCGCUGAUCGAGACGGACAUGAGGGCUGUCAUGCAGACACAAAGUACCUCGGGAGCGUUCAUCAGUGAAGUUUCUUCAGAGCUCCCUUCCCGGAAGUCUAUCGAAGUCGACCCGAACUCCUCGAUUGUUCACGCGCUGCGACACCGUUACCUUCAUCUACCCCCACCAUCGGCCAUGUCGACGAGGACGAGAAAAGGAGAGAAAUUAUCUGGAUUCGAUCAUCGGGAGUUAGGGUUUACCACCAAUCACGUGGGGUGUCAGUUGAGAGCUUGCGCGGUCAAGCGGGCGAGCAUGUUUGACAAGCUGCUCGAGGCCGAGUACCGGUCGGUGCCUAUCAUGGUGCAUGUUCAGCCAGAGUUGAUCGGGAAAGCGCCGCUCAGGCCAUUCAACCUGGAUCUCCAUAACUCGUCCGGGUCUUCUUCCCUUGUUUCUACUCGAGCGUGA